GCGGAUAUCGUCCGCCCAUCCGAUACGUUUCCGGUCGUGCCGUUUCCUUUUCACGUCUAACAUCGUUCACCGGUAGGUACGCCGACACUCAACAUCGUCUCACACCCGUCCGGCGACGUUUUAUAUUAACCGUACGUGAACAACCGUGACACGGACGGACUUCAUGAGAUUUUCUGUUUCGAUAUUUUCAUUAAUAUUAUUCAGUUAUUAGCGUUUCUCAUCGACCCCUCCCUGCCCCUAACCACCCAUCUAUCUGCCGUUCGCGUCCGCUCCGCUCCGGUCAAUCGAGUAGUCUUAUCAGCACGCAGCACGCCAAAACGCCGUCGUUUCCGUCGUUUGUUCUCGCUAGUGUUGUGUUUGCUCUUCAAUAUUUUUUUCUUUCGUGUUUCGUUCUUCGCAUAUAAUAUUCACGACGCCUCGUGAUCGGAUCGAUUCUUGCUGGUAUUAUUGCACCUAAAUUACACAUUUUAAGCAUUUAGUAUAUAUUUGAGACCAUCUCAAUUAAAAUGCGGGAAUACAAAAUAGUUGUUCUGGGUAGUGGUGGAGUUGGUAAAUCUGCAUUGACUGUGCAAUUUGUGCAAGGUAUAUUUGUUGAGAAGUAUGAUCCAACCAUAGAAGACAGUUACCGUAAACAAGUUGAAGUGGAUGGACAGCAAUGCAUGCUUGAAAUUCUUGAUACAGCUGGAACAGAACAAUUUACAGCAAUGAGAGAUUUGUACAUGAAAAAUGGCCAAGGAUUUGUUCUCGUAUAUUCUAUCACAGCACAAUCAACAUUUAAUGACUUACAAGAUUUAAGAGAACAAAUUUUAAGAGUAAAGGACACUGAUGAUGUCCCCAUGGUAUUAGUGGGAAACAAGUGUGAUUUAGAAGAAGAAAGAGUAGUCGGUAAAGAACAUGGAGUGAAUCUUGCUCGUCAAUUCAAUUGCGCUUUUAUGGAAACAUCCGCUAAGGCUAAAAUCAAUGUCAUUGAUAUAUUCUAUGACUUAGUGAGACAGAUCAACAAAAAAAGUCCAGAGAAAAAACAGAAACAAAAAAAGAAGUCUCUAUGCGCUCUUCUUUAAAUAGCUUAAUAACAAUGAUAAAACAACAAUCAAUGCCAACAAUCCACGUAGAAAAAAAAA